AUGAUCAUGGCGCAAAGACCGGGUGUACCACGGCUGUACAGCGGGGCUGUCAAUGCCAUGUUUGACGAUGUCGACGAUCUCAUUCGAGGCGAUCCUCCCGCAAUCAAUGACCCGCUGCCGCCACCCUUCGUUAUCGCCGGAUCUGCUGCAGUUGCAACCGCAGCAGCCACGCUGUCUCUCGAAUGUGACACAUAUGCUAGAAACACAGCAUCAUCGGAUCGCUCGGUCCCAGCGUAUCAGCCUCCACUGCGCCAACGUGUCGUAGGCUACUACGAGCGACAUACGCAGCUCACCAACACUCUCCAGCAUCUCGGUGACGUUCCAACCAAGCUUGAUGCCCUUCAACACGACAUCUUCUCCGUCACCGGCAAAGUCAAGAGUCAGGAGACUCGACUCAAGACGCUCCAAACCGUCUCUCAGGAGACUCGAGAAUCCCACGCCAAAAGGAGUAGCUCCGUCGCCAAGCGGCUAUUGAACAAGCACGGCAAGCGAGCUCGUCUGCUUGUCCAAGCUCACAAUCAAGCCGAGAAAGCAGCAGCCCAGCAGGCUGCACAUGAAGCCGACCUAGCCAACAACCGAUCUACAUUGUCUUCCAUGCAGCUGCACAAAAUUGAGCUCGAGCGCGACCUAGUCGAGUACCAGGCUGCGUCCAGCCAACUCGACAAGAUUGACGAGACUCUCUUCGAUGGCGCCACGCCCGAAUUUGUCCAAGAUGACUUUGCAGAGUGGGAGCUCAAAGUAUGGCUGCAAGUCCAAGUCUUCAUGGCUGCAGAGACGAAUCGCGAGAAGCGCGCACGGCAGCUGCUCAAAGAUGCAUCGCCCAUCCUCGCCUCCAUCAUCAAGGACAUCCAGAGCGCACUCCAGUACUGCAUCGACUCAGGUGUAGCCCGCAACCAGAAGUAUACCAAGAACCUGAUCUCCAACACCACCGCCAAAUCCACCGUCAGCGGUACCCAGCCUUUGGUGCUCAGAGCCAAGACGAGCUCCGGCAAGUUCUUCACCACCGUCGCAAAAGCGCGCGGUAGUCAGAUGCUCGUCGCGCGUCCACCCGAGUUUCGACUGAUCGAGCUCCAUCUCAUGCCCGGAAGCAAGAAUCCGAAAGCGGUCGACGAGCGGGGGCUCCACAAAUCGCUCGAGACUUCGUAUGCGCAAGCAAAGGCGCUCGAUUCCUUCCUCAAGCGCGAGAUCGCAGCAAGCCUCGAGCGUCAGAAGAAGCUCUCUGUCGAGACAGCAAAGUUGCAGAACACCCUCAAGGAUGCGCAUCGAAAUUUACGGAAUGUUCGUCGAGAAAUCGUUCUUGCCGUGGUGCGAGAAGAUGGUAGCCGAGAGGACGGCACGCAAGCGCCGGCUACUGGUCAAAGCUUGAACGAAGAGCAACGUGACUACGCGCUACCGCUGCAAGACCAAGCCAAUCCGAUGAUCUCCACCCACUUCCAAGAGAACCUGCGCAAAGAGUCGCAUUCUCGCUUGCGCAAGCUCGUAGCCCUGCCCGACCCGGAAUCCGAGGACGACAAUCUCUACCCCGUCAUCGCCUGA